CCCGCCGCCGCCCCUCGCGCUGCCCGCAGAUAUAUGUUGAUUUCCAAGUGAACAAUGGAACCAGAUAUUAUUCGAAUGUACUCCUCAUCCCCUCCACCACUAGACAACGGAGCUGAUGACGACGAAGAUGAAUUUGGAGAAUUUGGAGGGUUUUCUGGUGUGAGUCCUGCUGGUGUAGCUUUUGCUGAUUUUGAUACAGCAGACUACAGUAAUGCAAAGGAGGAGUUUAUAUCCACAAAUCAUUUUAUCCCCCUUCAUGAUUAUUCUGACAAUGUAGCUAGCYUUGCAACUUUCACCUCUGUGAAAACUGUUAAAGAUAAAGAUGGUGUCUCAGAGCUUCCCAGCCUCACUAAAGAACUCUCUGAUACGUCAGCUACUAGUACCAGCAAAGAAAAAUCUAAGCUGAGAACUUCAGGUACUACUUUUGRUAAUAGCUUAGAAGGUGUGAGGAAAAGGGGGGAACAAAGAGAGGACAUUGGGAGUUUGGAGGGCUUUUCUUCUGAUGUUGUUAGGACUGGUACAGCAGUUGAGAGCCAGGAUGAGCAACCAGAUGCUUGUAAUGGUGAGGAACUUCCAUGUCUAGAGAUUCUAACAAACGGGUUUGCAGCGUUAGACCCUGCAAAUCCUCAGGGAACAGAAGAUCUAGACGGCAUCAGUGACUCAAAGGGACUAAAAACUGUUAGCACCUGUAGUACUGAGCUGGAUUUGAACUCAGUGCGUAGCUCAGAUGAAGACUUUGCAGAUUUUUCUUCAUUCUCCAACAAAAAAACAAUCAACUUGGAAGGAACAGAGCCUACAAUAUGCAGUGUUAGUGAAAGAGACUCUUUAMAAAUUCAGGAAAACAGCCUAAUAAACAGAGGAACUGAAAGGAUGAGGUUCACGUCUAAUAGGAACUACGAAUAUGAAAAAGAGGUUUAUACUGAAGAAGAGACUUGCCCCUCAGAAAUGAGCUGUGAACAGGGUCCUGCAGCCCUGGAAGGUCAUGAAUUCACAAUUUCUAGUGCACCUCAGGCAACUGGAAGCUCAAUAUGCACUACUGAAAAUGAGGAAAACAAUGAAAGGAGAAGGCAGCGUGACCUAGAGAAUGGCAAAGGUUUUUCUAGGCAYGAUGGCUUUUCAGAAGCAGAGGACAUCACAGCUGAUAAGAUUGAAAGCCAUGAAAAUUUGGGUGAUUCUGAAGAUGCUACAGAUCGUGGGAGUAGUAUUGAACUUGCGGCUUCCCAUGACACAAAUGAUGAUUUUGGUGAUUUUGGCUCAAUUCACAGUGCAUCUCACACUUUUAUCAAUGCUCAAGAAUCAGUAAAUGCUCAAGCUUUAGAAAGAACUUCUGAAGAACCUGUGUAUGUUAGUCAACCUGCUGAUGAUUUUGGGGACUUCAGGGACACGAGCACUGCUUGUCAGGAGCCAGCCAAGUUGGAUCAAGCUGAAUUAAAUCAGACUUCUGGCACCUUAGCAUGCGAUGCUACCAGCGAAAUGUCUCCCUUAGACUUUCAGCAUGCUACUGAGAUAGGAAAUGGUAAUGCUGGUGAAUUUGGAGACUUCGAUUCGGUGCCAAAACCUCAGGAGGAGAGCGUUGCUUUUCAGGACUCGGAUGACUUUGCAGACUUCAGUUCGGCAGGCUGUAGCCAGCCUGCGGACUGGAAUGCUUUUGAGGAUGAACAGCAAGAGAGCUGCUCGUGGGCUGCCUUUGGGGAUGAGCAAGCUGGGGAAGCCCACCACAGAAAAGAGACCUGGCAGUCGCAUAGGACAGACGCACCUGUGGGGAUAGAUGGUCCAGUUGUCCACGAGAGGGACGGUUCUGCUCCAGCAGCUUCUCAAGGAAUGAGCAGGAGGCAAUCUCAAGAGCCAGCGCCUUCCAUACAGACAACAUUGUUAAGUCGUCUGGGACGAAUAUUUGAAGUCUGUUUUCCUUCCAUAUCCGUGCUUGAAGUUGAAGAAGAGAUAAGUUCCUUGAAUCAUUUGUUGGAAGCGUGUGAAAAGCAAAUGAAAACAGAGGACACCUUAGCAAAUAGCGGGGAGCUGAUGGAUGUGUGGAGAGAGCUGCAGGAUAUCCACGAUGCCUACGGACUGAGAUACCAGUGGGGUGGCUCCCACAGCAACAAAAAGCUCUUGUGCUCCUUGGGAAUCGACACAAGAAAUAUUCUCUUUACAGGCAACAAGAAACAGCCUGUUAUAGUUCCCAUGUAUGCAGCAGGACUGGGCAUGUUAGAGCCUACCAAGGAACCUUUGAAACCCCUAUCUGCAGCAGAGAAAAUAGCUUCGAUAGGACAGACCCCUCCUGUAUCACCGGAGAUGAGCACAUGUACGCCCGAGCAGUUCCAGGAAUCUCUACCACCUGUCCAGUUUGACUGGAGUAGCAGUGGCCUUACUAACCCUUUAGAUGCUAGUGGAGGUUCCACUCUUCUGAACCUUGAUUUCUUUGGGCCCGUGGAUGACAGUAGCUCUAGCAGCACCACCACAAUGCCAGGUGUGGAUCCAGAGUUGUACGAAUUGACCACCUCCAAACUGGAAACGUCCCAUACGAGCAGCAGGGUGACGGAUGCGUUUGCCAGACUCAUGUCCACUGUGGAGAAGGCGAGCACAUCCACAAGGAAGCCUAAAAAGGAAGAGCAUCUUAGUGAAGAGGCUGCCAAGGUGAUUUCUAGCCUUCCUGACUUAACUUUCAUGCAUGCCAAGGUGUUGAUGUUCCCAGCCACAUUAACACCUUCAACAAGCUGCCAAGAAAAGGUAGACUAAAGUGAUGCGAAUUGGACAUUUUCUAUUGAUUUCUUUUUUUCUCUUCCCUCUGUGGGUCAUAAAAAGCAAUCUUGCUUUGAUUAAAAGAAAUUCAAGUUCAGAUGAUUUGUUGGUAAGCAGCACUAGAAAGGUAUACAUAGUAAUGUAUAUUUAUUUACAUACUGGAGUCCUAAAUUUAUAUUAGAGAAAAAUGUAAAUAAUUGGGGGUGAAUCUUUUUGAAGAUCUAUUCUUUUUGUUGUGCUGGGGUGUAUACAUUUCUGUCUUUGUGAAAUACACUGGUGGUGUCCUUCUUACAAAACUUUAAAAAUUAAAAAAAAAAAAGAAAAGAAAAACUAAGGAACACACGAUGAAAACUUCAGUCUUCACAGUCUGUGAAGUCCCCUUUAAAGGUUUUCA